AGGGUUGCAGGGGGACGUUUCAGCUGAAGGACUGCCUCGUUGCAACAAGAACUUUAUGGCUCCCGGAAGUGCUUCCUCCCGGUCCUUUUCCCAGCCUCUCGCCGGUGGGCUGCAGUUGGAGCGAUGGCGGCGGCAGCCGCUGGGCCCGGCACGGGGUGUGGACCUGGGGACUCUCCGGAGGGGCCCGAGGCAGAGGCCCAGGAGCGUCGGCGGAAGGCGCACGGGAUGCUGAAGCUUUACUACGGCCUCUCGGAGGGGGAGACGGCGGGGCGCCCCCCAGGGUCGGACCCCCUGGACCCGACGGAUCUCAACGGGGCGCACUUCGACCCGGAAGUGUACCUGGACAAGCUGCGUAGAGAGUGCCCCCUGGCCCAGCUGAUGGACAGUGAGACAGACAUGGUGCGGCAGAUCCGGGCUCUAGACAGCGACAUGCAGACCCUGGUCUAUGAGAACUACAACAAGUUCAUCUCCGCCACAGACACCAUCCGGAAGAUGAAGAACGACUUCCGGAAGAUGGAGGACGAGAUGGACCGGCUGGCCACCAACAUGGCGGUCAUCACGGACUUCAGCGCGCGCAUCAGCGCCACCCUGCAGGACCGCCACGAGCGCAUCACCAAACUAGCAGGCGUCCACGCGCUGCUGCGGAAGCUGCAGUUCCUCUUUGAGCUGCCCUCGCGCCUCACCAAGUGCGUGGAGCUGGGCGCCUACGGGCAGGCGGUGCGCUACCAGGGCCGCGCGCGGGCCGUGCUGCAGCAGUACCAGCACCUGCCCUCGUUCCGCGCCAUCCAGGACGACUGCCAGGUCAUCACGGCUCGUCUGGCUCAGCAGCUGCGGCAGCGCUUCAGGGAGGGCGGCUCGGGCGCCCCGGAGCAGGCAGAGUGCGUGGAGCUGCUGCUGGCCCUGGGCGAGCCCGCGGAGGAGCUGUGUGACGAGUUCCUGGCGCACGCCCGCGGGCGGCUGGAGGCUGAGCUGCGGAGCCUGGAGGCGGAGCUGGGGCCCUCCCCUCCCGCUCCCGACGUCUUAGAGUUCACCGAUCUCGGAGGAAGUGGCUUCGUGGGUGGCCUCUGCCAGGUGGCCUCAGCCUACCAGGAGCUGUUUGCGGCCCAGGGCCCGGCGGGUGCCGAGAAGCUGGCAGCCUUUGCCCGGGAGCUGGGUGGCCGCUACUUCGCACUGGUGGAGCGGCGGCUGGCACAGGAGCAGGGCAGCGGCGACAACUCGCUGCUGGUGCGGGCGCUGGACCGCUUCCAUCGGCGCCUGCGCGCGCCUGGGGCCUUGCUGGCCGCUGCAGGGCUGGCGGAGGCCGCCACGGAGAUCGUGGAGCGGGUGGCCCGGGAGCGCCUGGGCCACCACCUGCAGGGCCUGCGUGCCGCCUUCCUGGGUUGCCUGACCGACGUGCGGCAGGCUUUGGCUGCACCUCGCCUGGCUGGAAAGGAAGGCCCCGGCCUGGCCGAGUUGCUGGCCAACGUAGCCAGCUCCAUCCUGAGCCACAUCAAGGCCUCCCUAGCAGCUGUGCACCUCUUCACGGCUAAGGAGGUGUCUUUCUCCAACAAGCCCUAUUUCCGGGGCGAGUUCUGCAGCCAGGGUGUUCGCGAGGGCCUCAUCGUGGGCUUCAUCCGCUCCAUGUGCCAGACAGCGCAGAGCUUCUGUGACAGCCCCGGGGAGAAGGGGGGUGCCACACCACCAGCUCUGCUCCUGCUGCUCUCCCGCCUCUGCCUGGACUAUGAGACAGCCACCAUCUCCUACAUCCUCACCCUCACUGAUGAGCAGUUUCUCGUGCAGGACCAGUCUCCAGUGACACCCGUGAGCACGCUGUGUGCGGAGGCGAGGGAGACAGCACGGAGGCUACUGACCCACUAUGUGAAGGUGCAGGGCCUGGUCAUCUCGCAGAUGCUGCGCAAGAGUGUGGAGACCCGGGACUGGCUCAGCACCCUGGAGCCCCGGAACGUGCGUGCUGUCAUGAAGCGGGUGGUGGAGGACACCACGGCGAUUGACGUGCAGGUGGGGCUUCUGUAUGAAGAGGGUGUCCGCAAGGCCCAGAGCAGCGACUCCAGCAAAAGGACCUUCUCUGUGUACAGCAGCUCUAGGCAGCAGGGCCGCUACGCACCUAGCUACACGCCCAGCGCCCCAAUGGACACUAAUCUUUUGAGCAACAUCCAGAAGCUGUUUUCUGAGCGUAUUGAUGUGUUCAGCCCUGUGGAGUUCAACAAGGUAUCCGUGCUAACCGGCAUCAUCAAGAUCAGCCUGAAGACGCUGCUCGAAUGCGUGCGGCUGCGAACCUUUGGGCGCUUCGGCCUGCAGCAGGUGCAGGUGGACUGUCACUUCCUGCAGCUCUACCUGUGGCGUUUCGUGGCCGAUGAGGAGCUUGUGCACCUGUUGUUAGAUGAAGUGGUGGCCUCGGCCGCCCUGCGCUGCCCGGACCCAGUGCCCAUGGAACCCAGUGUCGUCGAGGUCAUCUGCGAGCGGGGCUAGGCGGGGCCGCUGCCAUGCGCGGGCUUGCGCUGUCGCCCCAACCUCUCCAUCCCCCGGUCUCCAGUGCGUCCGCGGCCCCCUCCCCUCCCGGCCUCCAGACCCGGCAAUAAAGACGUGUUGUCUCCUC